UCCUCCCUAACUGGCCUCAGUCCACUCGCUCAGCACAACUAGGCGUAUACGUGUUCUACGCUUCUAUAGAAAAGCAAAUAACGAUUAUCUAUAAUGGCGGCCAGUAAAAUUCCCGAUUGGAUAACUGCUGACUUGUUUGAAGAUAUUCUCAAGGAAAAUGUGGAGGGAUACGCGAAAGUCAAGAGUUUCAAGGCAGACAUUGGAUCAGCGGCAGGGGAAAACUAUGCCACCAUUAUGCUGCGGGUUAACAUCGAAGUGGAGCUGCAGGAUGGCAAAUUGAAACCGGUUUCCUAUAUGGUAAAAUUGCCCCACCAACUGGAGAUGUACCAAGAGAUGAUGAAGCGAACAAACAUCUUUGAUAUCGAGCGCACAAUGUACAAUGAGGUAGUUCCGGAAAUGGAAGCCCUUUACAAGACUGCAGGAGUGGACAUUACUUUUGGCGCCAAGAGCUACGAUCUCAAGAAUGCCAAGACUGACUAUGUGGCCUUGGAGGAUCUGGGAAUUAAGGGAUUCAAGAAUGCCAAUCGCCUUGAAGGACUCGAUCAAACGCACACGGAGAGAGUGCUACGAAAGUUAGCACAAUGGCAUGCUGCUUCGGCAGUGCGAGUGGCCACCAAAGGCCCCUAUCCUGAUAUCCUAUUAAACGGAUUCUUUAAGGAGGACACCCGUCCAAUGAUGACUGAAAUGAUGAAGGGAAUGGGUGGAAAUUUUGUGAAAAGCUGCGCUACCUACGAAGGUUACGAGAUCUUUAUAGACAAAGUCAAAGCCCUGCAGCCCGUGUUUGUCGAUAAGCUUUUCGAAUUCGCCAAGGUUGAUCCCACGGAGUUUAAUGUGCUGAACCACGGCGAUUCCUGGUCGAAUAAUAUUAUGUUCCAGUAUGACGCCUUUGGAAAGAUCAAGGAGGUUUAUAUGGUCGAUUAUCAGAUCCCAAAAUACGGAACCGUGGCCCAGGACCUUCAGUACUUCUUGCUCUCCUCCACAAAGCUGGAGGAUAAGCUCACAAAAUUCGAUUACUAUAUUAAGGUUUAUCAUGAAAACCUGGUGGAGCACCUGAAAAUUCUAAAGUACUCAAAACCCAUCCCCAGUCUGCGGGACAUUCAUUUGGCGCUCUUUAAAUACGGAUUUUUCGGCUAUACCGUGGUCACUGGUGUGAUGGCUGCCGUUCUGCUGGAUCCCACAGACUCGGCAAGUUUUGAGAACUUUAUGGGUGAUACUGAAGCUGGAGUGGACUUCCAGAUGCAGAUGUACAAUGGCCCUCGGUACCGCAAACAUAUUCAAGCGAUUAUGCCCUGGCUGCUAAAUCGUGGCUGUUUAGAUAUCUAGAGCAACCAACUAAAUAAUUUCCAAUUUUCACAAUAAACAAUACAAAUUGAGUCAUAAAAAUGUGCAAUCCCAUGAUAGUGUUAUCUCUAUUUAUGUGCGAUAAUGGCAACGAGUAUUUAUAAACGUAAAACUUUCGACAAUAAAAGAAUUCAAUCACUUA